CAAAGAGUCAAAUCUCGUCCCAUAAACCACCACCUUCACCACGCACACACUUGUACAAUAUGGCCGCCAAAUCAACGAAGAAGUUCCCCGAAGUCAAGGGCGGCGGGAGCCUGAUUCUGGCAUGGCAGAUCAAGGGAAAGAAGGUUCUGGUUGUUGGAGGAGGCGAGGUUGCCGCAGGUCGGAUUCUCAACUGCCUCGAUGCCGAUGCCAAUGUCACCGUUGUCUGCCCCGCCUCUGGCCUCAAUCCCGAAGUAGCCCACCGUGUUGAACAAGCCCAAGUUACCCACGUCGAUCGUCUCUUCGAACCCUCCGACCUAGAUGGCGCAGCCAUGGUUCUUGUUGCCAUUGACGACCCGGUCGCCUCUACUGUAAUCUGGAAGCUUUGCAAGGAACGCAAAGUGCCCGCCAACAUCGCCGACGUACCACCGGAAUGCGAUUUCUACUUUGGCAGUGUCCACCGUGACGGCCCCCUUCAGAUCAUGGUCAGCACCAAUGGCAAGGGCCCCAGACUGGCUGCCAUCAUCCGGCGGCAUAUCGCAAAGUCGCUUCCCAAGAAUGCCGGCAACGCCAUCGAGGCCAUUGGUACUCUCAGAGCGAAGCUGCGCAAAAUGGCUCCGAACUCGGAGGAAAGCCCUAAGCGCAUGGGCUGGAUGAUCAAAGUCAGCAACAAGUUCGACUGGGAAGAGAUUUGCGAUCUCACCGACGAGGACAUGGAAAACCUUCUCAGAUUUUAUGCGACAAACGAGGUCCCUACCAUUGACGAUCUCUUGGCCAUGAGAGAAAACCCUGGCUUCAACAAGAUGGACGUGUUUGACGGGUCCUUUGGUUUUUCCGUAGGCGCGUGAUACAUACCAAAGACAUGUACAUACCUUGUGUACAUACAUACUGGAUAUGGGUGUUUGAGCGAUAUUGGGCGUCAUUUCAUUGGAGUUAUCUAGAGUGCUUCAUCGGCGACAUCUCACGACAUGAAAAGGGUUUCGGAACUAAAAAAGGGCCAGGCGCAAUAUGGCAUGACUGGCGUAGAAUCGUUGGUUUGGAGCAGUGUACUACUAUGCGAACAGAAGACCAGAAGGC